AUGGGGCCGGGGACCCGGGGUCGCCGCCGCCGCCGUCGCCCGAUGUCGCCGCCGCCGCCACUGCCGCCCGUGCGGGCGCUGCCCCUCUUGCUACUGCUAGCGGGGCCCGGGGCUGCAGCACCCCCUUGCCUGGACGGAAGCCCGUGUAUGAAUGGAGGUCGCUGCACCCAGUUGCCCUCCCGGGAGGCUGCCUGCCUGUGCCCGCCGGGAUGGGUGGGCGAGCGGUGCCAGCUGGAGGACCCCUGCCAUUCGGGCCCCUGCGCUGGCCGUGGCGUCUGCCAGAGUUCCGUGGUGGCAGGCGCCGCCCGCUUCUCCUGCCGGUGCCCCCGUGGCUUCCGAGGUCCCGACUGCUCCCUGCCGGACCCCUGCCUCAGCAGCCCUUGUACCCAUGGGGCCCGCUGCUCGGUGGGGCCCGAUGGCCGCUACAUCUGCUCCUGCCCGCCUGGCUACCAGGGCCGCAGCUGCCGAAGUGAUGUGGAUGAGUGCCGGGUGCCAGGGCCCUGCCGCCACGGCGGCACCUGCCUCAACACACCCGGUUCCUUCCGCUGCCAGUGCCCAGCUGGCUACACGGGGCCACUGUGUGAGAAUCCUGCCGUGCCCUGUGCCCCCUCGCCGUGCCGUAACGGGGGCACAUGCAGACAGAGUGGCGAUCUCACCUAUGACUGCGCCUGCCUUCCUGGGUUCGAGGGCCAGAACUGUGAAGUGAAUGUGGAUGACUGUCCAGGGCACCGAUGUCUAAAUGGGGGGACGUGUGUGGAUGGCGUCAACACCUACAACUGCCAGUGUCCUCCUGAAUGGACAGGCCAAUUCUGCACGGAGGACGUGGAUGAAUGCCAGCUGCAGCCCAACGCUUGCCACAAUGGGGGCACCUGCUUCAACACUCUGGGUGGCCACAGCUGUGUGUGUGUCAAUGGCUGGACAGGCGAGAGCUGCAGUCAGAAUAUCGAUGACUGUGCCACGGCUGUGUGCUUCCACGGGGCCACCUGCCAUGACCGUGUGGCCUCGUUCUACUGUGCCUGUCCCAUGGGAAAGACUGGACUUCUGUGUCAUCUGGAUGAUGCCUGUGUCAGCAACCCCUGUCACGAGGAUGCUAUCUGUGACACGAACCCUGUGAAUGGCCGGGCCAUCUGCACCUGUCCACCAGGCUUUACUGGCGGGGCAUGUGACCAGGAUGUGGAUGAGUGCUCCAUUGGCGCCAACCCAUGUGAGCACCUGGGCCGGUGCGUGAACACACAGGGCUCAUUCCUGUGCCAGUGUGGCCGUGGCUACACUGGCCCGCGCUGCGAAACUGAUGUCAACGAGUGCCUAUCCGGGCCCUGCCGCAACCAGGCCACGUGCCUCGACCGUAUUGGCCAGUUCACCUGUAUCUGCAUGGCAGGCUUUACAGGCACCUACUGUGAGGUGGACAUGGAUGAGUGUCAGAGUAGCCCAUGUGUCAACGGUGGGAUCUGCAAAGACAGAGUCAACGGCUUCAGCUGCACCUGCCCCUCAGGCUUCAGCGGGGCCAUGUGUCAGCUGGAUGUGGAUGAGUGUGCAAGCACACCCUGCCGGAAUGGAGCCAAGUGUGUAGACCAGCCCGAUGGCUACGAAUGCCGCUGCGCAGAGGGCUUCGAGGGCACCCUGUGUGAGCGCAACGUGGAUGACUGCUCCCCGGAUCCGUGCCACCAUGGGCGCUGUGUGGAUGGUAUCGCCAGCUUCUCGUGCGCCUGCGCCCCGGGAUACACGGGCACACGCUGUGAGAGCCAGGUGGACGAGUGCCGCAGCCAGCCCUGCCGCCACGGAGGCAAAUGUUUAGACUUGGUGGACAAGUAUCUGUGCCGCUGCCCUCCUGGCACUACAGGAGUGAACUGCGAGGUGAACAUUGAUGAUUGUGCCAGCAACCCCUGCACCUUCGGAGUCUGCCGGGAUGGCAUCAACCGCUAUGACUGUGUCUGCCAGCCUGGCUUCACAGGGCCCCUUUGCAACGUGGAGAUCAACGAGUGUGCGUCCAGCCCGUGCGGUGAUGGAGGCUCCUGCGUGGAUGGGGAAAAUGGAUUCCGCUGCCUCUGCCCUCCUGGCUCCCUGCCCCCGCUCUGCCUCCCCCCGAGCCAUCCCUGUGCCCAAGAACCUUGCAGUCACGGUGUCUGCCAUGAUGCGCCCGGAGGGUUCCGCUGCGUGUGUGAGCCUGGCUGGAGUGGCCCCCGAUGCAGCCAGAGCCUUGCUCCCGAUGCCUGUGAAUCCCAGCCCUGCCGGUCUGGCGGCACCUGCACCAGUGACGGGAUGGGCUUCCACUGCACCUGUCCCCCUGGUGUCCAGGGCCGCCAGUGUGAGCUGCCGUCUCCCUGUGUCCCGAACCCCUGUGAGCAUGGGGGCCACUGCGAGGCUUCCCCCGGCCAGCUGCCUGUCUGUUCCUGCUCCCCCGGCUGGCAAGGUCCACGAUGCCAGCAGGAUGUGGAUGAAUGUGCUGGUCCCUCACCCUGUGGUUCCCACGGUACCUGCACCAACCUGGAGGGAAGUUUCAGCUGUACCUGCCACAGGGGGUAUAGUGGUCCUUCCUGUGAUCAGGACAUCGACGACUGUGACCCCAACCCCUGCCUGAAUGGUGGCUCCUGUCAGGAUGGCGUGGGCUCCUUUUCGUGCUCCUGCCUCCCUGGCUUUGCUGGUCCUCGCUGUGCCCGAGAUGUGGAUGAGUGCCUGAGCAGCCCCUGUGGCCCGGGCACCUGCACGGACCACGUGGCCUCCUUUACCUGCACCUGCCCACCUGGUUAUGGAGGCUUCCACUGUGAGCAGGACCUGCCCGACUGCAGCCCCAGCUCCUGCUUCCACGGCGGGACCUGCGUGGACGGUGUGAACUCGUUCAGCUGCCAGUGCCGCCCUGGCUACACGGGCGCGCACUGCCAGCACGAGGCCGACCCCUGCCUCUCUCGGCCCUGCCUGCACGGGGGAGUCUGCACCGCUGCCCACCCUGGCUACCGCUGCACCUGCCCAGAGGGCUUCACUGGCGCGCAGUGCCAGACGCUGGUAGACUGGUGCAGCCGUGCGCCCUGUCAGAACGGGGGUCGCUGUGCCCGGACCGGGGCGUCCUUCUACUGCCUUUGCCCUCCGGGGUGGAGCGGCCGCCUCUGUGACCUCCGGAGCGUGCCCUGCAGGGAGGCCGCAGCCCAGACCGGGGUGCGGCUGGAAGAGCUGUGUCAGACAGGUGGGCAGUGCGUGGACAAGGACAAUUCUCACUACUGCGUGUGCCCCGAAGGCCGCACGGGCAGCCACUGUGAGCAGGAGGUGGACCCCUGCUUGGCCCAGCCCUGCCAGCAUGGGGGCACCUGUCAAGGCUACAUGGGGGGUUAUGUGUGUGAGUGUCCAGCUGGCUACACUGGGGACAACUGUGAGGAUGAUGUGGAUGAAUGUGCCUCCCAGCCUUGCCAGCACGGGGGCUUCUGCAUUGACCUUGUGGCCCGCUAUCUCUGCUCCUGCCCCCCAGGAACACUGGGAGUGCUCUGUGAGAUUAAUGAGGACGACUGUGGCCCAGGCCCACCCCUGGACGGUGGCCCCCGGUGCCUGCACAACGGUACCUGCGUAGACCUAGUGGGUGGCUUCCGCUGCACCUGUCCCCCGGGAUACACCGGUCUGCGCUGUGAGGCAGACAUCAAUGAGUGUCGCCCGGGUGCCUGCCAUGACGCACACACUCGGGACUGUCUGCAGGACCCAGGUGGGGGCUUCCGCUGCAUUUGUCGUACAGGCUUCACAGGUCCCCGCUGUCAGACCGUCCUGUCUCCCUGCGAGUCCCAGCCCUGCCAGCACGGAGGCCAGUGCCGUCCCAGCCCAGGCCCUGGGGGUGUGCUGACAUUUACCUGUCACUGCAUUCCGCCGUUCUGGGGCGCGCGCUGCGAGCGGGUGGCGCGCUCCUGCCGCGAGCUGCAGUGCCCGGCGGGCGUCCCGUGCCAGCAGACGGUGCGCGGGCCGCGCUGCGCCUGUGCCCCCGGCCUGUCGGGGCCCGCCUGCCGGGGCGCGCGGGGGUCGCCGCCCGGGGCCGCCAACGCCAGCUGCGUGGCCUCGCCGUGCCUGCACGGGGGCUCCUGCCGCCCCGCGCCUCUCGCACCCUUCUUCCGCUGCGCGUGCGCGCCGGGCUGGGCCGGACCGCGCUGCGAGGCGCCCGCGGCGGCGGCGCCGGAGGCCCCCGAGGAGCCGCUGUGCCCGAGCGCCGCCUGCGAGGCCAAGAGCGGGGACCGGCGCUGCGACCGCGAGUGCAACAGCCCGGGCUGCGGCUGGGACGGCGGCGACUGCUCGCUGAGCGUGGGCGACCCCUGGCGGCAGUGCGCGGCGCUGCAGUGCUGGCGCCUCUUCAACAACAGCCGCUGCGACCCCGCCUGCAGCUCGCCCGCCUGCCUCUACGACAACUUCGACUGCCGCGCGGGUGGCCGGGAGCGCGCCUGCAACCCAGUGUACGAGAAGUACUGUGCAGACCACUUUGCGGAUGGCCGCUGCGACCAGGGCUGCAAUACCGAGGAGUGCGGCUGGGAUGGACUGGACUGUGCGGGCGAGGUGCCGGCCCUGCUGGCCCGCGGUGUGCUGGUGGUCACCGUGCUGCUGCCGCCUGAGGAGCUGCUGCGGUCCAGCGCCGACUUCCUGCAGCGGCUCAGCAGCAUCCUGCGCACGUCGCUGCGCUUCCGCCUGGAUGAGCACGGCCAGGCCAUGGUCUUCCCUUACCACCGGCCGGGUCCUGGCUCCGAGUCCCGGAACCGGCGGGAGCUGGCCCCGGAGGUGAUCGGCUCUGUGGUGAUGCUGGAGAUUGACAACCGGCUGUGCCUGCAGUCGCCGGAGAAUGACCACUGCUUCCCCGAUGCCCAGAGCGCGGCCGACUACCUGGGAGCGCUGUCGGCGGUGGAGCGCCUUGACUUCCCGUACCCGCUGCGGGCUGUGCGCGGGGAGCCCCUGGAGCCGCCGGAGCCCAGCGUGCCGUUGCUUCCCCUGCUGGCUGCGAGCGCCGUCUUCCUGCUGGUCAUCCUCGUCCUGGGGGUCAUGGUGGCCCGGCGCAAGCGGGAGCACAGCACCCUCUGGUUCCCCGAGGGCUUCGCGCUCCACAAGGACGUGGCUGCUGGUCACAAGGGCCGGCGGGAGCCCGUGGGCCAGGAUGCGCUGGGCAUGAAGAACAUGGCCAAGAGCGAGAGUCUGAUGGGGGAUGUGGCCACAGACUGGAUGGACACGGAAUGCCCAGAGGCUAAGCGGCUAAAGGUAGAGGAGCCCAGCGUGGGGGCCGAGGAUGCUGUGGAUUGCCGCCAGUGGACUCAGCACCACCUGGUUGCUGCCGACAUCCGUGUGGCACCAGCCAUGGCAUUGACACCCCCACAGGGCGACGUAGAUGCUGAUGGCAUGGAUGUCAAUGUGCGCGGCCCAGAUGGCUUCACCCCACUGAUGCUGGCCUCCUUUUGUGGGGGGGCCCUGGAACCAAUGCCCACUGAGGAGGACGAGGCGGAGGACACGUCAGCCAGCAUCAUCUCAGACCUGAUCUGCCAGGGAGCCCAGCUCGGGGCACGGACGGACCGCACAGGCGAGACGGCCCUGCACCUGGCUGCCCGUUACGCCCGGGCCGAUGCAGCCAAGCGGCUGCUGGAUGCUGGGGCAGACACCAAUGCCCAGGACCACUCAGGGCGCACUCCUUUGCACACUGCUGUCACCGCGGAUGCCCAGGGUGUGUUCCAGAUUCUCAUCCGGAACCGCUCCACAGACCUGGAUGCCCGCAUGGCAGAUGGCUCAACGGCGUUAAUCCUGGCAGCCCGCCUGGCAGUGGAGGGCAUGGUGGAAGAGCUCAUUGCCAGCCAUGCUGAUGUUAAUGCUGUGGAUGAGCUUGGGAAAUCAGCCUUACACUGGGCUGCAGCUGUCAACAAUGUGGAGGCCACCUUGGCCCUGCUCAAAAAUGGAGCCAACAAAGACAUGCAGGAUAGCAAGGAGGAAACUCCACUGUUUCUGGCCGCCCGAGAGGGCAGCUACGAGGCUGCCAAGCUGCUUCUGGACCACUUUGCCAACCGUGAGAUCACAGACCACCUGGACAGGCUGCCACGGGAUGUGGCCCAGGAGCGGCUGCACCAGGACAUCGUGCGCCUGCUGGACCAGCCCAGUGGGCCCCGUAGCCCUCACGGCCCGCAUGGCCUGGGGCCCCUCCUCUGCCCACCUGGGGCCUUCCUCCCCGGCCUCAAGGUGGCACAGUCCGGAGGCAAGAAGAGCCGGAGGCCACCGGGGAAGGCGGGGCUGGGGCCGCAGGGCGCCCGGGGCCGGGGCAAGAAGCUGACCCUGGCCUGCCCGGGUCCCCUGGCCGAGAGCUCGGUCACGCUGUCCCCCGUGGACUCGCUGGACUCCCCGCGGCCCUUUGGGGGCCCCCCUGCGUCUCCCGGCGGCUUCUCCCUCGAGGGGCCCUACGCGGCGGCCACCGCCACAGCCGUGUCCCUGGCGCAGCUGGGCGGCGCGGCCCGGGGGGGUCUGGGGCGCCAGCCGCCGGGGGGCUGCGUGCUUAGCUUGGGUCUGCUGAACCCUGUGGCCGUUCCCCUCGACUGGGCCCGGCUGCCUCCGCCUGCCCCUCCGGGCCCCUCGUUCCUGCUGCCGCUGGCACCGGGCCCCCAGCUGCUGAACCCCGGGACCCCCGUGUCCCCCCAGGAGCGGCCCCCGCCAUACCUGGCGGCCCCGGGGCACGGCGAGGAGUACCCGGCGGCCGGCGCCCACGGCAGCCCCCCCAAGGCCCGCUUCCUGAGGGUCCCGAGCGAGCACCCUUACCUGACCCCGUCCCCCGAGUCCCCCGAGCACUGGGCCAGCCCCUCGCCCCCGUCCCUGUCGGACUGGUCGGACUCCACGCCCAGCCCAGCCACCACCACCGGGCCCGCGGCCGCAGCCGCAGGGGCGCUGGCGGCCCAGCCGCUCCCCCUGGCCGUCCCGGGCCCCCUAGCUCAGGCCCAGACCCAGCUGGGGCCCCAGCCCGAAGUCACCCCCAAGAGGCAGGUGUUGGCCUGAAAGCUCUUCAGUUCCUGGAUUUUGGGGGGCUGAACAGACAUCACAUCCUGACUCUCUCCCCUUUUCUUGUUAGACCUUUCCAUUCUCUUCUCCCUCCCCGCCCCCAAGCUGACUGAGAUAGGUCACCAGCCUAGGCGUUCAGUUCUCCUUUAUUUAUAGGGGUGUGGGCUGACCCCACCCUCUGGGCCUUGUGAUGAGCCUGGGACCUCCUCCUGCACCCCCACCCCCCUUCCCUAUUCUUCCUUCCUUCCUGCCUCCUCUGGUCUCUCUCCUUACACUCUGACACGAGUGGAUUAUUAUUAUUUUUUUUUUACAUUUUGUAUAGAAACAAAUUCAUUUAAGCAAACUUAUUAUUAUUAUUAUUUUUUACAAAAUAUAUAUAUGGAGACACUCCCUGCCCCUGCAAACCCCCCAGUGCCCCCGUGGGGCUGAGUCUGUGGGCCCAUUCGGCCAAGCUGGAUUCUGUGUACCGAGUACACAGGCAUGACCAGGAUCCUGUGUACCGAGUACACAACCCUGGUGUGUACCAAGUAGGCACCCUUGGGCGCACCCUCCGGGGCAGGGGUUGGGUGAGACUUGGGAGCCUCUUUCCUAUCCCACCUCCCUCACUUCACUGCAUUCCAGAUGGAACUUGUUCUAUAGCUUUGCUGGGGAAAGGGCCCUUUUGGCCCAGAGAGCCCACCCCAGGUUCCCCCACCCUAGAGCCUGGGCUACUCCCUUUGGGGGAACUGGGUGGGGAUGGCUGGUGAGAACACGAGGACCAGGGGAGAUAUGUGCGGUUCACUUUGUCUCCCUGUAAAUAUGGGACUGCAGGGAGAGAGGGAGCUGCCUGGGUGGCACCCCUCCUCCUGGUACUCCCCUGGCCCAGCCCCGGGGCAGAAUAGAAGUUAUUUUUAGGCUAUUUUUGUAAUGUGGCUUCUGGUCACAAUCCCUGUGUAGCUAAAUUCCCCAGCCUUGCAUUGUACAGCCCCCACUCCCCUCACCACCUAAUAAAGGAUUAGUUAACACUCA